GGCGGGCGGCGGUGACGCGCCGGAAGCGUCCUGGGCACUGUAGCUAGCUGGCGGGCAAGCGGCGCGGCUGAGGAGACGGCUGCCGCCCGGGCGCCCCGACGGGAGGGCCUCCGGAUCGCUGGGAGGCGGCCGAAGCCCUGCGGCCCCUCCGCCAGCGGCGGCCCCAUGAGUCGGGGGAAGAUGCCUCAGCCCGAAGCGUGGCUGGGCGCUAGCUGUAUGGAGAAGCCGGCAUGGGAGGCGGGGGCCGCCGCGCCGGAGGGCGGGAAGUAUGCGGCCGGCGGGCCACCGCGGGUCGCGGUGCAGUGCCCGUCCGAGCAGUGAGUGCGAGGCGCGCGAGGAGGACAUGUAUCGUGCGGCGGAUGAAAUAGAAAAGGAGAAAGAAUUACUUAUACAUGAAAGAGGGUCAUCAGAAGCUAGAUUAAGUGUAGCUCCUGAAAUGGAUAUCAUGGACUACUGCAAAAAAGAAUGGAGGGGAAAUACGCAAAAAGCAACAUGUAUGAAAAAGGGCUAUGAGGAGGUGUCUCAGAAAUUCACCUCCAUCAGGCGAGUCCGCGGAGAUAACUACUGUGCGCUGAGGGCCACGCUGUUCCAGGCCAUGAGUCAGCCGGCGGUGCUGCCCUCCUGGCUGCAGGACCCGGAGCUCACGCUGUUGCCAGAAAAGCUCAUAAGUAAAUACAGCUGGAUCAAGCAGUGGAAGCUGGGACUGAAAUUUGAGGGGAAGAGCAAGGACCUGGUGGAUAAAAUUAAGGAGUCCCUCGCUUUACUGAGGAAGAAGUGGGCAAGCCUGGCUGAACUGAGAACUGCGGAAGCAAGGCAGAUGGCUUGUGAUGAACUGUUCACAAAUGAAGAAGAGGAGUACAGCCUCUAUGAAGCUGUCAAAUUCCUAAUGCUGAACAGAGCCAUUGAACUCUAUGACGAUAAGGAGAAGGGAAGGGAAGUGCCAUUUUUCUCUGUGCUUCUUUUUGCUCGGGAUACGUCAAGUGACCCUGGUCAGCUGCUGCGCAACCAUCUGAACCAGGUGGGGCACACUGGCGGCCUGGAGCAGGUCGAGAUGUUCCUCCUGGCCUACGCUGUGCGCCACACCAUCCAGGUGUAUCGGCUCUCCAAGUAUGGCACCGAGGAGUUCGUCACGGUCUACCCCACCGACGCCCCCCGGGACUGGCCGGUGGUGACCCUGAUCGCCGAGGACGACCGGCACUACAACAUCCCCGUCCGAGUGUGUGAGGAGACCAGCCUGUGAGCUGUGCUUGGCCCGCCUGGCCACGCGGCUGAGGGGCACGGGCAGCUCCUUGCUGGGGCCUUGGGCCUGCAGGUCCCUGAGCCCGACCUCUGAGGACGCCUGGGCCCAGUUAGCCUCACCAGACUGGAAUGUUCUGGGGACUAGCUUUGGCGAAUCACAAGUAACCGAGAUUUUUUCCCCCUCAUCUGUGACUCAGUACGUUUCCGUGGGAGCCUUCAGAGCACACCUGUUAAAAGGUGCAAACUACACCUCCUCCAUAAAACAGACACUUUUAUAUCAGAGGAGUCACGUCCUGGACAGAAAGUGUCCAAAGCGCUCUCUCAUAGUAAACUGGCUUUCAGUUUUUUUUUUUUAAAGAUGGUAACUUUUGUUCUGGUGGUUACAGCAUCUGCGGUGCCCUUUCUCUACAUCUAUGCAAUCGGUUCACACGGUAGAAGUCGGGGGCAGAGCCUGCCAACAGCCCAGCAUCCUCUGCUAGUCUCACCCAGCAAUGGUUUGAAUCCACGUUAAUUAAAGCUGUUGUAAGCCGAGUGUCUAAUAGAAUCAACUGGGUCCAGCUGCUUAAAGGCUGGAGAAGGGGCUGCAGGAGGAAGCAGCAGCCCCAGGACUCUUGCUCUGCCAGGACGUGCCAGGCGCCUGUGAUCACGGACACCCCGGCUCGGGAGCCUGGUGCGGGGGUGGGUGGUCGGCAGGAGAGCCCCCGGGAUCAGGGGCUGUUCCUUCAUCUGCAGUUCCACAGAUUCACCAUCAUCUAGUCAGAGUCAAGCUUAGACCCAUGUGCGUGUUUAGUGGAAACCAAGGCCAAUUGAUGAGUUUCUGGAGAGUGCUUCCAUCGCCAGGUUCCUGUCCCACAUCUGUUGGAGGGGAAUGAGUUAGCAGCAGGGGGUCUCUGGUUUUCAUGAGUAAGUUUUCAGUACAAGAGCGUGCUUAACACUGUCUGCAGAGGCAUGGCCGAGCUGCACCCGCCCUUGGUUGAGUUUGGGAUGCCCGGGGUCAGCAGCGUUCUGGCCACUAAUGGUGCCCUUGCCUAGUCAGUCACAGGCUAGGGUGGUGUCUGAGAGGCGCGGGUGGGCUCUGGCAGACCAGCUGAGCCUUGUCUGCAUCAGGGCCCGAAUCCCUGUGGCAUGUGGACACCUCACUCUUUCAGACUAUCAGCAGCACCUGGAUUGGCUCAAUAUUUGUGGAGAUGGUGUUACCCUGAAGUACUGAGCUUUAUUCUAUAAUAAUUAUAAUCUUUAUGUGGUUUAAUAUAAUAUAGUUGAUAAGCUAUCUAAUCUGUUCUCCCUCCCCCCACCCCGCCCCCAGGGACAGAACUUUUGUGAAAAUGUAAGUUUUGCUUUUACUUAAAAAUCAAAAUUUUCGGUUGAGAAAAAACUCAGAGAACACAGAAGACUAUGCAGACUGUUACACGAGUAUUCCUCCCAGUAUUACCUCAUCAGUAAUAUUCACAUUUUGGUAGAUACUUAACUCAUUAGGGUGUUUGAGUUGAAUUUUACUCUAGAUGUGUGUGAAUGUGUUGGAGAGGCUUUGUCUUUCACUGUGAAAUGCAAUGGUGCCUCGAAUAAUAAUAAGAAGGUACCUAGAAGCCAAAUGAAAAUGACGACUUCCUGUUGGCUUGGAUGCUUCAUUUUAUGUUACAUGAUUUUCAUGCAACUUACAAAAGGAAAUGCCUACCAGUUCAUUCUUGAACAUGUUUAAAAGCACAACUUCAAACACUUCAGUUGUACAAGGCAGUUGGUGUCUGUGUCCAUCAAACCGCUGGCAGAUCGCCUCUGUUGAGUUUAAUGAUACUCAUGAUCUCUGCAUUUUUGAGAAUGUUCUAGUCUUAGUGAACUUGAACUGGGCUUCUGGGUAGCUCGAUUACAUCUCAUACUUUUUUCUUGUUGCUGUGUAUGAUAUUGUUAGAGUGUGUGCAAAAAUUGUGGUCUUAACCACCCCAUUGAUAAAAACUCAAAAAUGUGCAUUUAAGUUGCUUUCUGUCCCAAGACCAUAUUAGACUCUCAGACUGUCAUGCAGGUUUAGAGGGAUCAUUGCAUCAGAGAAGUAAAGCUUUCAAAGAAACAGUACUUUAGGAAAUGUAGACGAUUGGCGAACUUUAAAAAUACAUUUUUUUGUUGCAACAUGCAACUCUAGUUGCCCAGAGCUUUAAUUCCAUUUUUCAUUCUUGGUCUUGGCCUGGUUGAGUGAUACCAGUAGAAUUGAAAUUGAGUUGAGACCAAAAUGGAUUCAGGAGUAUAAUUUACUUAGAGGGGAUCUCUAAAAUGGUAUGAGUGUUUCCAAAAAAGGAAGGUAGUGGGACCUACACUUUGCUUACUUUCUAUCCCAGGAUUUAUUGCAAGAGUUCAGUCAUUUUGGAGCCCUCUGGUCUUAUCAGAAAGAAGAUACCUGCCUUGAACAGGUGUGACUUAUACCUUUGAGCUCAUUUAAAGUGCAUUAAACCUAAAUAACAAGUUCCAUGGAAUUACCUCUCAUUGUGUGGGAUUUGAUCUGAAAUGUCAGUUCCUCUUCCUUGGAGUUCAGCAAAUCUGAAAACACCUUAAAGGCACAGAACAGGAUUGACCUUGCUCUCUACGUAGAGCUGUUCAUACUUCCCAUUAUACCAUUGUACGUUCCAUUAACGUCUGACAUUUUCUUUGAUUGUGUAAACAGACAUCCCCUUGGUAUUGUUUCAUUAUUUUUCCCUCCAGUUCUAGGGCUUGUCAAGUAAAAUCUCAGACCGCUUGAAUCUCACCCCUCUGUCAGAAAAAACACCUUUGUUGGUUUUUGUUUGCUUGUUUUUUGCUUUGUUUUUAGAAGGCUGCGUUACCCUUCUGCCCUCUUCACCUCACGGUGCUCGUUUACCUGAGAGUGUUGCCUCCUUUUUGAAGGGCUUCCAGGUGGUGACUGAGGUGCUGUCGCACCUCUGAUGAUCCAGCUUCCUUACAUUGCAGCGCAGAAGUCACACGUACCUCCUGGUUUUGUCUCCUUUAUGGUGUUAAAGUUUGAUUGUGUUCUGUCUCUUUUUCUAAAGCAAAACUUUGCAGGUACUCCCCCUUUGAAAGCCAGAAAGUUAUUUUCAGAAAUACAAACCUCCAGGGAAUUGUACUUGUGCUCAUACACAAAAAUACAUGGAUGCCUUUUCUUAAAUGAUCUGUAUCUAGUUAAAAACCAAUAAGAAUGUGUUUGGAGUGAAUCUGAAAUGUGUGUGAAAGAUAUAAGAGUCCCCACAUAGUUGAGCAAAGUCAGGGCACAAUAUCAAGUAAUUUUACCAACUUACCAGAGACGUUUCAGUUUUGCUUAGAUAACAAAUCACCGGCCACAGGCGUUAGUUUUUGUGAACCACCCCCAGUCAGUAAUGUGUUAAAAGGCCCAAGAACAGUAAGGAGUGAACUGAAGAGGGACGAACUGAUUUUAGAUGAAAAAAUGCCUUUGAAAAACAAAACGGAUGCCUAACAGACCUCCUCAGCUUAAGUUAAUAAAAGGAUAAAAAUCUGAA